GGCAGUCUGGGAAGCAGCGCCAUAUUGGCGGCGGCCGCGCUGUAUUGUCAUAAAUAGAGCCGGUUUGUGGUGUUUUCACUACUCGGUUGAAUGCCUCGGCUGUAGAGAGUGGGGAAGUGAGCGAGCAAGCGAGCUACAAGCGAGCGAAGGGAAGUGGACAGAGGAAGGAAGAGAGGGCAAGAACAGGACCCCAAAGCGAAAGACACUCGCUGGCGAGAGACGCAGGAAGCGAUGAAAGAGAUGUCUGCAAACACUAUGCUGGACAGCCAGCGUCAACAAAAGCAUUAUGGAAUUACCUCUCCAAUUAGUUUGGCAUGUCCUAAAGAAAUUGAUCAUAUUUAUACACAGAAAUUAAUUGAUGCCAUGAAACCAUUUGGAGUAUUUGAAGAUGAGGAAGAAUUGAACCACAGGCUGGUUGUUCUUGGUAAAUUGAAUAAUUUAGUAAAAGAAUGGAUUUCUGACAUCAGUGAAAGUAAGAAUCUCCCACCUUCUGUUGUGGCUACUGUUGGUGGUAAAAUUUUCACAUUUGGAUCUUACAGGCUUGGAGUACAUACCAAAGGAGCUGAUAUUGAUGCACUUUGUGUAGCUCCAAGACAUGUGGAGAGAUCAGAUUUUUUUCAGUCCUUUUUUGAAAAAUUGAAACAUCAAGAUGGCAUUAGAAACUUAAGAGCUGUAGAAGAUGCGUUUGUACCUGUUAUAAAAUUUGAAUUUGAUGGUAUUGAAAUUGAUCUAGUCUUUGCAAGAUUGGCAAUACAAACCAUAUCAGAUAAUUUAGAUCUAAGAGAUGACUCUCGCCUGAGAAGCCUUGAUAUACGGUGCAUUAGAAGUUUAAAUGGAUGUAGAGUAACUGAUGAAAUUUUGCACUUAGUGCCAAAUAAAGAAACUUUUAGACUCACCCUAAGAGCUGUCAAAUUAUGGGCAAAGCGCCGUGGUAUUUAUUCCAACAUGCUGGGAUUCCUUGGUGGAGUCUCCUGGGCAAUGCUGGUUGCCAGAACUUGCCAACUGUAUCCGAACGCAGCAGCUUCAACUUUAGUUCACAAGUUUUUUUUAGUUUUUUCCAAAUGGGAAUGGCCAAAUCCUGUGCUAUUGAAGCAACCAGAAGAAAGCAACUUAAAUUUGCCUGUCUGGGAUCCUCGGGUAAAUCCGUCAGACAGGUAUCACCUUAUGCCAAUAAUUACCCCUGCCUACCCACAACAGAAUUCUACAUAUAAUGUGUCUACAUCAACUCGAACAGUAAUGGUAGAAGAAUUCAAACAAGGUCUUGCAGUUACAGAUGAAAUUCUUCAAGGGAAAUCAGAUUGGUCCAAACUAUUAGAGCCACCAAAUUUCUUUCAAAAAUACAGACAUUAUAUAGUACUGACUGCCAGUGCAUCAACAGAAGAGAACCAUCUAGAAUGGGUUGGAUUAGUAGAGUCUAAAAUCCGCGUUCUUGUUGGAAACUUGGAACGGAAUGAAUUUAUUACUCUUGCUCAUGUGAAUCCCCAGUCAUUCCCAGGAAAUAAAGAACAUCAUAAAGCCAACAAUUACGUAUCAAUGUGGUUCCUCGGGAUAAUUUUUCGGAGAGUAGAAAAUGCAGAAAGUGUUAACAUAGACUUGACAUAUGAUAUACAGUCAUUUACUGAUACAGUGUACAGGCAGGCAAACAAUAUAAAUAUGCUAAAGGAUGGAAUGAAAAUUGAAGCAACUCAUGUAAAGAAAAAACAGCUUCAUCAUUACCUACCAUCAGAGAUUCUUCAGAAGAAAAAAAAGAGUCUUUCUGAUGUAAGUCGGAGUGUAGGGGGCCUUCAGUCCAAAAGAUUAUCUCUGGAUAGCAGUUGUCUGGACAGCUCCAGAGACACUGACAGUGGAACACCUUUGAACUCUCCAGUGUCUGCAAACAAGCCUUCCAACCCAGAGAGCCCCACAGGAGAAGCAGGAAGGAGUAGUGCUGAGCCUGUGGCUGUGACUGUGGAGAGGCUGCCAAGUGUCCCCCCAGCUCAGGGGCUGUCCAUUCCUGUCAUUGGUGCAAAGGUUGACCCUACAGUGAAAGCUGUAUCCUCCCCUGCUGUAUGCACCAUUCCUACUGUAGUAGGACGGAAUGUUAUUCCUAGACUCACAACACCCCACAACCCUGUCCAGGGACAACCACAUCUAAAUGGGAUAUCAAAUAUUACUAAGAAUGUUACACCCAAAAGAUCCCAUUCACCACCUACAGAUGGGACUUCUAAGAGACUGAAAGACAUAGAAAAGUUCAUCCGACUUGAGACGGCAUUUAAGGAGUCCCGUGCUGCCGAGGAUAGGAAAAGAAAACCAAUGGAUUCGAUUGGUGGAGAAUCUAUGCCUAUUCCAACUAUUGAUACAUCACGCAAAAAGAGACUACCCAGUAAAGAACUGCCAGAUGCAUCAUCUCCAGUUCCAGCGAACAACAUCCGAGUCAUCAAAAACUCCAUCCGCCUGACCCUUAAUCGGUAAUGGCAGCACCUCUUGCCUCAGAUACUCUGGAGCAUGAAGCUGGAUGAUUAUGAAGGACUGUCACCCGGCCUGAGCCUACGAAGAUGACUUGGUAGGAGGCCUAGUUAGAUUUUAGGUCUGAGAAAGAAGCGUAGCCAGCACUGUAGUAGGUCAAGGGUCCAUUCAGCAUGGUCAGUAGGUCAGCACCAGACUCUGUAGAGAGGGAGUUAUUGCAUCAGCCAGUCUGGCAGUUGAGGAAUUAGAUGAUCUGAUAUGGUGGGCUGUUCACAAGUGAACGCACCCUGACGGUAGGGAGGACUUCGUACAUUUCCUUACAUUGUGGGAGUUGUGUGGACCGCUGCCAGGUAAGUAAAAAGUAUGGGACUCAGUGGAAUCGUUGCUGGCUGUUCGCAAGUAUGUAGCUAUAGCUAGAAAUUUUUCUACCAAGCCAAAUGACCUGCAGCACUUAGACAAAUGUUCAUUUUCCUACGGACCCGGGCUUUGACGUGCUCAUUUCUCCGUGACUGCUCUGGAGACUAACAAAGGAGAACACACCUGGAAGCUUCAGCUUUGAGAAAUUUACCCAUUUCAUGUUGAAAGUACUUGGAAUUUUUUUUUUUUUUUUUGGUUUGGUUUUGGUUUUGGUUUUCCAGACAGAGUUUUUCUGUGUAGCCCUGGACAUCCCGGAACUCACUCUGUAGACCAGGCUGGCCUCGAACUCAGAAAUCCGCCUGCCUCUGCCUCUCAAGUGCUGGGACUAAAGCCACCACUACCCGGGCGAAAGUACUUGGUUUAACAUCAUGUAAAACUGGGAGAAGAAUUAAUUUUUAAAGUUUACUGAUGCUUAAAAUAAAUCUAAUUUUGUCUGAAGACAGCCAUUCAGUAAUGCUAGUAAAAGCUUACUAAUUUUGCAGUUAAGUGAAAAUGGACAGUGUCUAACAGGCCAACAUUUUUUCCACAGCAUCCCCUAAGAUCCCCUCUGUAACCUUCGCUGGCCUGAACCCCGCUGUUUAGAUCCUGCCAGCUUACAGCUUUGGGCAAUUCUCCUUCCUCAGCACCUGGCUUGUUUCUUGGUCUGAAAAUGGGAAUUUCUAGCUUGAGGGUCAGGAGUACCAGACAGUCCUUUGGACUUGUGUAUAAGGUUUUGUGUAUUUUUCCAGGCAAGGGAAGUUAGCUUUCUCGGACUAGUCCAUGCCCUAAAAAAGGAGGCCAAGGGUUGAGACCACCAGGAUUGAACAGUCUUAGAAGAUUUUAUUUUGAUUUUGCUGCAGUAGAUUUCUAGAUGCAAGGUGGGCUAUGAGGGGCCUCAGAAAUACCGUAUUCAUUAGGUAGUUUAUAUACCCUGGGUGGAACUUAAUGUGGUUGGUAUUUAGAAGGCUGUUUACCAUCAACUUUCCUAUGCUAACUUAGAUUCAUUAUCAAGGUCACUCAGAAUAGAAUACCUUAGAAUGAUCCUGAAAGGUGAUAGAAAAAUAGAGAGCAGAAUUCGUUGCGUCCCAUGCAUUGAUGUUUUCACUUGCUCCUCCAAGUUUGUUCUUUAGGCCAGAACACACUAAACUUACCAAUAAAUAUAAAUGCAUUGGAUUUUUUUACAUAUGUAUUUUGUAUAAACAAAUUUAUGUUUAAAUCAAUUACUACCUAGUAAAUCAUACAAAACUUAGGAUUUGUGCAAAUGAUUGAAGGAAAUCAGUCUCAGCAAUGACAACUUUUCCUUAGGAUUUUCUACGGGAAUUAUAUAAGGUCCUUUCCACAUUUUCUAUUUUUGAAAUAAUCUAAUAAUUUUGAAUUUGAAGGUAAGUGAACACAAGAUUAUCAAAUUUGUUAAAAAUUUUUAAAGACUUAUUUUUGACUAUGUGAUUGUGGGUGUGUAAUGUGAGUGCAGUGCCCACAGAGGCCAGAAGAGGGCACCUGAAGAGCCCCUGACGCUGCAGUAAUAGGCUGUUGUCAGCUGCCCAAUUCUGGUGCUGGGGACCAAACUUAGGUCCUCUGGAAGAGCAGCCAGAUUCCCCCCUGCUGAGCCAUCCCAACAGCCUUUUAAACUGACUUUUGAAAAGACCCACAGAGAAUAUCUUUAAUGUACAAGGUGCUACAUCUCGUCAGAGUGUUCACAGAAUGGUUGCUGCUGCUGCUCUUUUCUCCAUAGUUGUGUGGUACAUGUUAGUUUUGUCUUAUUUUAUAAUUGUACACAUGAGCUUCAUUUGUCUGGAAUAAGUAAUCUAAUAAA